AUGGAGUCCCUACUAUCGCUCGCUUUCGACAACCUCUCGGCCUUUGAGCCGGCAAAGAUCAAGAAGGGUCUAAAACAGGUCGAGGGCUUGCUCGCCCAGAUAUGCUUAUCGGGCCCGGCCAAAAGGGAACUAGAUGCGGCUGCGGCCGGGGAACAACCACAACUACAGCGCAAGGGCCUAGGCGACCUUGCUGGCGACCCAGCGUUUCGCGAGUUCUUCAAGUUGCAGGAGGGUUUCGAAUGGAACGUCGCCCAGCGGCUGCUUACAACGCUCGACUUUCUGGUGGCCCGAGGCGGCGACGGGCAGUAUGACUUGCUUAUCCUCAAUGCUCUGGACCUGAUCCAGGGUGUUCUCCUUCUACAUCCACCCAGCAAGGUGCUCUUUUCGAGGGCUGCGCACAUGAACCUUCUUCUCGACCUAAUAGAACCCGUCAACACCCCUGCCAUCCAAUGCGCAACCAUCAUCACCCUUGUCGUUGCCCUCCUCGACUCACCCGCCAACGUGCGCGUCUUUGAGCGUCUUGACGGUCUCCUGACCGUUGCGUCCCUUUUCAAAAGCAGAGAGACCGGCCGCGAAGUCAAGUUUCGCUUGACCGAGUUCCUAUAUUUCUAUCUCACCCCCGAAGCUCCAUCUGCAUCAAUGGCGUCUUCACCAGUAUUAUCGUCAACACCCACAUCACCGACAAGGGACAGGGCUGGUAGCGAUACAGCUAGUCAGCAAGGCAAAGGGAGCAAGGCCAACGGAGGCGUCACGCUAUCGGUAGAUGUCAAGAAGAGAAAGCUUGAUCAACAUCUCCCCGGGGUCGUUGAUGCCUUGCUGAGGGACUUGGAUCGGUAUAAGCCGUUUGGGGGUGUGUUGAGCUGA